CGGUGAACAGUUUGCUAAUAAUAGUAAUUUUCUUCUUGUGGCUUAUGCAUACAGAACCCAGUCGGACCAGAGACGAGCUUCCCCGUGCGGUGCAACCGCUCUUGCUCCAGCCGCAUUCAGGUAGAGUCAGCAGAGCUAUGUGGUAGCCGUACGAAUCGGUGCUGCUACUGCUUGCUACCCGGUGACCGGGUUUGGCCUUUCUGAAAAGUUGUCGAUAGGAAACCUGAAGCGUGCAGCUACUCACCGGAAAAUUAGGUGUUUAAUGAGAGGUUUAAUGAGAGGUUAUUCGUCACUCGGGAGUCGGGAGAUGUGUUUCUAGCCCUUCCUUCUCAUCAACAUGGCUUCAUCCAGCUUGGAGCUGGAGUGCGUUAUCCUUCGAGCACCUGCUAAACUGAAUAUAUACCUUCAAGCCGGACAGUCACGAGAAGACGGCUACCACGAUAUUAUGACACGGCUCGGAGAACACGUCGGUAUCAAACCGAAUCAGCAUUUUGAGCUGAUAAAGGCCAUACCAACGGAGGCCGGACUUGGCGGUGGAAGUGCAGACGCCGCGGCAGCAAUCGUCGGAUGCAAUACUCAGUGGCAGCUCGGCCUCGGUGAAGAUGAUUUGGCAGCGAUUGGAGCGCAGGUCGGUGAGGACGCGCCUUUUUUCAUCAAAGGAAUGAUGGCGGUUGGCAUCGGCCACAGACAACCACUGCAAGAGCUGAAGGCUAGCACGUGGACGUGGCACUGGGUCCUGGGCAUGCCCAAAGCCAGCCUCGCUACGAAACAUGUAUUUGCGCAAUUCGACGCUCUAGCGGAUGGUUGCUUCGACGAGGUGCAGUACAAAGAGAAGCACGCGACGUGUUUGCAGAUACCGUGGGCCUCUGCGCCACCACAUGAGCUGGCCGGGUUACUUCGCAACGAUCUUGAACCAGCGGCCGCUGUGUUGCUGCCCGAAAUCCGAUCUGCGAUCGAUGCUGGUCAGGAGAAAGGCGCACUUGCCAGUAUCAUGACUGGAUCCGGAUCCACCUGCGCCUUCCUGGCAAGAGAUGAAGAUCAUGGCGGAAGUCUGGCGGUUGCGCUGAGGGAAACAGGUCUAUUCAGAAAGGUCAUAACGACAACAGGACCAGUAUCCGGAAUCGAAUUGUAG